AGAGGCAUCUCCGAGGUCCAAAGACCGAGGCUUCCGUUAGGUGCCCGGGACUUCUGAUCCCCGGUCCUGUGACGUGAGCGGCCCCGGGAUUUUACGUGUGGGACGGGGAGGCAGAAGACUAAGAUAUCGCACAUGCUAAGCAAUCCGUCUCUUGAGGAACAUCGCUUCAAGUUCUGAACUUCCUGUCAGGGUCUCCUGCAGUGCAAGCUGGCCUCGCACUCGCUGUAGAGCUAAUGCUGGCCUAGAAUUCCUGGGCCUCCUGCCUUUGACUUACUCCAGGGACUGAGAAUAUGGACCUGGACCUCGACUUAUGUUUGCUCGAUGAGUGGUUGAACCUAGCAGCAGGACAUGCCAGAUAGCCUUUGUCAGAAAGGAUGGAGUUGGGAAACGGAAAACUGCCUAGGACAGGACUGAACUCACUGAACCAAGCAGUCCAUCCAACCUGGGGCCUGGCCUGGACUGAUGGGAAUCGUGUAGUCCUGACUGAUUUACAGCUUCAUAGUGGAGAGGCCAAGUUCGGGGACUCCCAGGUCAUUGGAAGGUUUGAAUCUGUCUGUGGGGUUUCCUGGGCACCAGACAGAACGGUGCACUCGCCCGCUCUGCUUGCCAUCCAGCACAGGAAGCUUGUCUCCGUGUGGCAGCUGUGUCCCAGCACUGCAGGAGCAAGCAAAUGGCAGGCGUCUCAGACCUCUGAGGUCAGGGAGUCACUCCCUAUCCUUCCUCAGGGCUGCGUGUGGCACCCAAAGGACGCUGUCCUGACCGUGUUGACUGCGCAGGGUGUCUCCAUUUUUCCUAACGUCCACCAAGAUGGUUCCAGGGUAAAAGUGGACGUCAACACCAAGGGCCGCGUUUACUGUGCUUGUUGGACCCUGGACGGCCAGCGGCUGGUGGUGGCAAUAGACAGCAACCUUCAUUCGUAUAUCUGGGACAGUUCUCAGAAGUCCCUUCACAGCUGCUCCUCCUGCCCAGUGUUUCCUGUGAAUUGUUCCAUCCGCUCCAUCACGGCCACCGGGAACUCACAGGUUGCCAUAGCCACCGAACUUCCCCUCCAUAAACUUUGUAGCUUAAAUGCAUCUGAAGCCUUCGACAGUGCACCCAACGGUGCCGACGGCUCUGUUCAUACUCGCCCUGUGGGUGAGACGCCCCCUGUAGAUGAGCAGGUAGCCACUAUGGACAUGAAUUCUGGAGUGACAGUUUCUCCCUUUUCAGUUCCUCUCGAUCUGACUCACAUACAUUUCAACCCAUCCCAAGCUGAACAGAGUUCUCUUAUUUGUUUAAGAAAAAAGGACUACUUGACCGGAACUGGCCAAGAUUCUUCACAUUUGAUCCUGGUAACCUUUAAUAAAGCAAUUACCAUAACAAAAAAGGUCGCUAUUCCAGGCAUCCUGGUUCCUGAUUUAAUAGCAUUUAACCUGACAGCAGAGCUAGUGGCCGUGGCUUCCAAUACGUGUAACGUAAUUUUGAUCUAUUCGGCCGCUCCAUCUUCUAUGCCAAAUAUCCAGCAAAUUCAGUUAGAGAGUAACGAAAGACCAAAAGGCAUUUGUUACUUGACAGACAGAUUAUUGUUAAUUGCUGUAGGGAAACAAAAGCCCAGUGAAGCAGCCUUUCUUCCUUCUUCAGAAUACGGUCAGUAUACAGUUCGUCUGAUAGUUAGAGAAGUGACCCAGGGAAGCGAAUCUUCUGGAACAUGUGCUGAGAGUCAGGGUGCUUACUCUGAUUUCAGUGCUUUACUAAGUAAAGCAGACAGAGAAAAGUUCACUGACAGCCUUUCCCCAGGUUCGAGUCCCCUGAGCCAAGGGCUCUUGCUAACAGCUAACUCCAGUACUCAGAGUGGGAGGUCUGGAAGAGCCCUUAUUCAAGAAAUUAAAAGUCCCUUGUCCCCUCUGUCCAGUGAAACCCUUCACAGCCCCCCCUGGCUUUGCCCAGCAUUGCCUAGACCCAGCAGGACCCCAGAGCACACCAGCACCCCAGAACUGAAUUCACCUCAAAGGGAGAACUUACAAAAAGAGAAGGAAACGUGCCCACUUUCCCGAGAGCUGGAGAUCCUCUCUCGACACCUGGUUGCGAUGCAGCAGUAUCUUUCUGAACUCUCGGGUUUUCUACUCAAGGAGAAGCGCGUCUCCCCCACGUAUCCACCCUUGCAGCAUGCUCCAUAUGUUCACCUCGUUUACCAGAACCCUUGUUCUGUAGGUCCCACUGAGAGAAGAGCUGUGCUUCUCUGCGAUGGCAAGCUGAGGCUCAGUACCGUUCAACAGAUGUUUGGCCUCCACCUUGUUGAAAUGCUGCACGACUCCCACUGGAUCCUCCUCUCUGCUGACAGCCAAGGUUUCAUCCCAUUAAGUUUCACAGCUGCCCAGACAGUCGUGGUGAGAGAUGGCAGCCUGUCCAAGCCAAAGGGAGCUAGGAGCCCUCUUUCUCACAAUCAGGAUCCUGGUCCUCCACCUGAAGUCUUCAGAGACCUUGCUACCCAGAAUGUAGACACGGCUGGCAGUUUCGACAGUGUGACCUGAUGUCUGGUUUGCAGCAUGAAUAUGCUACCAUGUUCUCCCCAGGCUGUGUGCUUCCUUCCUUGCGGGCAGCAGGGCAAGUGGCUGCUUAUGUAUUCAUGACUGUGUCACUUUGAGGACAAAGUUCUAAGACUGAAACAGCAACACCACAUGGGCAUAUAGACUGUACUUUAUGAUUGCCCCCAGGCCCUGCGUCCCACCCCCACCUGUGUUAGCGCUGCCUACGUGUGUUCUUAGGAUACAGUGGAGUAGCUGUGUUAGCUGCCUACGCGUGUUCUUAGGAUGCACUGGACGCCGGUGGUCUUCUUGCUCUGAAGAUGCAGGUGAGAAGAGCUGCUGGGGAGCCUGUGCUGCAACACAGCCUGUUAAUCCAGGUCCUGAGGUAGCAGGGAUCCCGAGCACCUCUGCUCUCAGGACUGUCUGGAUCAGGAAGCUCUGAGGCUGGCGGCCCUCUCCAGAUCAAAAACAACCAAACCUCCUGCUCCUCUACACAAUUCUGAAUGGCAGAGGUCCAGAUACUGCUACAAUGUGUCUGGGCAAAUUUUUAAUAAACUGCCAAGAUUCGACCAUCCUGGGUUAGGCCAGGCCCUGCAGCCAGCAGACUGUGUGUGUGGUGGUGGUGAGGUUGCUGGUGUGGGGGCAGCACAUCUGCAGUGCCUUGCUUCAGCCAUUGAGACUCCAUUAACCCGUGUACUCCCCCUCCUUUUUCCUUUAAAAGUAGCCAGAGAGGAAAUCUCUUGUGCCUUGGGGCCCUGUCUGUCUGUCUGUUGCAGUUUAUGAAGAUGGAGCUUAGCUAGGAAGGAGGCAAAGGCCUAUUUUGUGGUUCAGAUACGUUAGGCGACUGCUCGGAUAAUGGACGGGAAGGCCGCACGUCUGUCAUCAAUGGAUAAUGGACGGGAAGGCCGCAUGCCUGUCAUCAGUGGCCUGGAGAGUGGGGGUGGGGUGGAGUGAGGCCUGGCUCCAUCUGCAGAGGAAGUGUCUGGGUGUGAUGAAGUCACGGCUAUUAUGAACACAGGGAGAGGGACUAAGGGACCCUGAGUAAGAUUAGUGUGACUGCUCAAGCUGUCCUUUAUGAUCUUAGGACAGAAGACUCGCAGUGAGUCUUCGGUACAAUCUCGGCCGCUGUGACUGUUCUGAUCGCUCUGAUGAUACAGUCUUUAUGACGAUCUGGAUUUGCACAUGCAUAAUUGCCAUUUUUCUAUUUCUUCUGUGGACAUAGUGCCGAGUGAUGAUUGUUUCUUUAUAAUAAAUAUGAUUCCAGCUGAUGGCAGCUCUCA